AUGGCUUCCAAACAAGCUAAAAGGAAAGAAGUGCAUCGGAUCAAUUCUGCUCACGGAUCAGAUAAAUCUAAAGAUCCGUACUCUUUUGGCAGCAAUAUGCCACCCGGUUCUUCUGAACAGAAGAAGGGAAAGUUCCCCAUCUGGCCGGAGUGGAGCGAGGCAGACAUAAAUGUUGAAAAGUGGGAUGCAGGCAAAGGCGGGAAGGAGAAGGACAAGACCGCCAAGAGCCCCGUCUUUCACUUUUUCGAAGACCCUGAAGGGAAGAUUGAAUUACCACAGACAUUGAAAGUUUUUUCUUGGAAACGUCCGCAAGAUUUUAUAUUUAGCCGAACACCUGUAGUUGUGAAAAAUGAAAUCACAUUUGACUUGUUUUCACCAAAUGAACAUUUACUCUGCAGUGAGCUUAUGAGGUGGAUUAUCAGCGAAAUCUAUGCUGUGUGGAAGAUAUUCAAUGGUGGGAUUUUGAGCAAUUACUAUAAGGGAAAUUCGGGAGAGCUUCCUAUUCUGCCAUGGAAACCCUGGGAACACAUAUACUCUCUCUGCAAGGCCGUGAAGGGUCACAUGCCUUUGUUCAACAGCUACGGGAAGUAUGUCGUAAAGCUUUACUGGAUGGGCUGUUGGAGAAAGAUAACUGUUGAUGACUUCCUGCCAUUCGAUGAGGAUAACAAUCUAUUGCUUCCAGCUACAACCUAUGAUUUUGAACUCUGGCCAAUGCUACUGUCGAAAGCUAUCAUUAAGUUGGCAAAUGUUGACAUCCAUGUAGCACACAGGAGAGAGCUAGGAGAGCUCACAGUUAUCCAUGCUCUCACCGGAUGGUUACCUGAAGUCAUCCCUCUCCAUCCAGCGUAUGUGGACAGAGUUUGGGAGCUCUUGAAAGAAAUACUACCUGAGUUUAAGCUCACAGAAGAGCCCAGUUCUGAAAGCAAAAUCACAGUGAUAGACAACAAACUGAAGGAAGACGGCAAGGACAGCAAGGACAGCAAGGAUGGCAAGGACAGCAAGGACGGCAAGGAAGUGAAAGAUGCGAAAGACUUCAAACAGGAAAUCUCUCUUACAACCCUGAAGGUUCCCGAGAAAGGCGACAGAGCUGCAAAGGAGAAAGCAGAUGCAAAAGACCUUGGGAAGAAGAAUAAGAAGGAUGGAGAGAAGGAGAAGGAAAGAUUCAAAUUUUCACUCCAUGGUUCGAGACCCUCAUCAGAUGUUCAGUACUCUAUGCAGUCCUUGUCAGAUUGCUCCUCAGCAAUACAGUCCCCUCACAUGGUUGUAUAUGCCACCUUUACACCACUCUACUUGUUUGAAAACAAGAUCUUUACAUUAGAGAAGAUGGCGGAUUCUGCAGAGAAACUUAGGGAAUAUGGUCUUUCUCACAUCUGUAGCCAUCCUGUGCUGGUGACCAGAAGUAGGUCUUGUCCCCUUGUGGCACCCCCCAAACCUCCUCCCUUACCUGCCUGGAAACUCAUUCGCCAUAAAAAGGAAACUGUGAUAACCGAUGAAGCUCAAGAUGCUGUUCCGAAGAAGCCUGACCAGUUUCUUGAGAUUUCAAGUCCAUUUUUGAAUUAUAGAAUGGCUCCAUUUACGGUUCCAACAGAAACACAUUUUGUACAAUCUGUCAUUAAGAAAGGAACACCACUGGGAUCCAGUCUUCCUCCCCUUGUGGAAAAUGAUUUAGCUGCAAGUACCAGCCAAGGGGAAAUGAGCGUAUUAAACGGAAACCCGUCUCAGGGCAAUAUUGCAUUGCAAAUUAUACCUGGAAAAGAAGAACCUUCAGAGCCUACACUGGGGGAUUCCCACCAACUUGAAGCUGUUAGUAUAGAAAAGGAUUUGCUUAGCCUGACUACAGCGACACUGGACAAGUCACAGGAAGAGUUGGCAAUAAAUGAAGGUGUUUCCAAAGAAAUAUGGCUAGACUUUGAAGACUUCUGUGUGUGCUUUCACCAGAUAUAUAUUUUCCACAAGCCAUCUUCUUAUUGUCUUAAUUUUCAAAAAUCAGAAUUCAAAUUCGUGGAGGAGCGUGUGCCCUACUAUCUGUUUGUGGAUAGCCUAAAGCCUAUUGAACUACUGGUUUGCUUUUCUGCUUUGGUGCGCUGGGGGGAAUCUGGAGCCUUAACAAAAGAUAGCCCUCCUGUGGAGCCCGGGCUCCUGACAGCUGAAGCCAUCACCUGGAAGUCACUGAAGCCUCUUAGUGUUGUUCUGAGGAUUCACACCUAUGCUACAAAGGCCAGCAUGGUGCGCCUGCCUGUCGGGAGGCAUAUGCUGCUCUUCAAUGCGUAUUCCCCUGUGGGACAUGCCAUACAUGUCUGCAGCAUGACGACAUUUGUCAUCGGGGAUGAAGAUAUUGUAUUGCCCAACUUUGAGCCGGAGAGCUACCGAUUUACCGAACAGGCUAUAAUAAUUAUGAAGGCUAUUGGCAACGUGAUUGUUAAUUUCAAAGACAAAGGUAAAUUGCCAACAGCUUUGAGGGAUCUGCAGGCAGCUCACUACCCUAUCCCCCUCUACAACAAAGAACUCACUGCUCAACACUUCCGGGUUUUCCAUAUAUCAUUAUGGCGUUUAAUGAAAAAAUCUCAAGUAUCCAAGCCUCCUAUAAACUUCAGAUUUGCAUUUCGGGCUAUGGUUUUAGACACGGACUUACUGGAUUCCUUCUCAGAGGAUGCCUCUUUAGCGGAGUGGGUAGACCUUAAAUAUUCUAUGCCAAUAAAUGAGAAGGAGUAUACUUCCGAGGAAAUAGCUGCCGCAGUGAAAAUUCAAUCCAUGUGGAAAGGGGCCUAUGUCAGACUGCUCUUGAAAGCCAGAACGCCAGAAACAAAGGAAAAUACCAGUGUUGCAGAUACACUUCAUAAAAUUUGGGCAGUAUUAGAGAUGAAUUUGGAGCAAUAUGCAUCAUCUCUCUUAAGACUAAUGUUUAAAAGCAAGUGUAAGUCUAUGGAAUCCUACCCAUGCUAUCAAGAUGAAGAGACCAAGCUGGCCUUUGCUGACCACACCGUGAACUACACAGACCAGCCACCUAAUUCUUGGUUUAUUGUAUUCAGAGAAACAUUUUUGGUUCCUCAAGAUAUGAUCUUACUCCCCAAAGUAUAUACUUCCCUCCCGAUCUGUAUGCUGCAUGUCAUUAACAAUGACACGUUGGAGCAGGUGCCGAAGGUGUUUCAGAAAGUGGUGCCUUACCAUUACACCAAGAACAAGAAGGGAUACACAUUUGUGGCUGAAGCGUAUACUGGUGAGACAUUCGUAUCAGGUGCACGGUGGAAACUACGGCUCAUCGGCUCUUACAACCCACUCCCGUUUCUCUCCCGUGACUCUCCAUGCAACACCUUCUCCAUAAAGGAAAUCAGAGACUACUACAUUCCUAACGACAAGAAAAUCCUGUUCAGGUAUUCCAUUAAAGUGACAGUGGCACAGGCUAUUACAAUACAGGUCCGCACAUCCAAACCCGACGCCUUCAUCAAGCUGCAGGUGCUGGAAAGUGAGGAGGUCAUCGUGAGUACCAUGGGCAAAGGGCAAGCCAUCAUCCCGGCCUUCUACUUCCUUGGAAACGAAAAAGCAUUGAGCUCCCAGUCUAGCAAGCAAAUUCUCUUAUCUCACAUCUCACCCAAGAAAGAACCAGAAGUGCUAACCAAGAAAAAAUCUGGCCAAACAGGUCAGAAAUCCUUCAAAGGAAGACCUGGAGGUGGACUAACAGACACAGGAAUGCCCCUGCUUGAAGAAGAAGUUAUGAACAUACCCACUAUCGAAGAAAAUUCUAGCAUGCCACAACAGUGCUACAAGUACAUCAUACAGUGCUUGGUGUUGUUUAACAGCUGGCCUCUAAAUGAAACUCAGCUGGCAUUUGUUCAAGCAUUAAAAGACAUGGAGAAAAUGGAUAUCAAAGCUCAUGUGGAGAAACAUGAAGAACCAGCUCCCGUGGGAAGCCCAGAUUCCCACACUGUCAGUGAAGGGCAGAAAGCCACAGGAAUGCCCAAAGCAACACGCAAAGGCAAGGAGAAGGCUUCUGAGAAAGAAAAGUCGGCCAAGGAAAAGCAGACUCCUCGAUUCGAACCUCAGCAAAUGCAAAUGCCCACCGCUGUUCACUCUCAGCAAGAAGAUCCAAACAAACCCUACUGGAUCUUGCGGCUGGUCUCUGAACACACCGACUCAGAUUAUGUUGACGUGAAAAAGGACACAGAACGGGCCGAUGAAAUACGUGCCAUGAAGCAAGCUUGGGAGACUACUGAACCUGGCAGGGCCAUCAAGGCUGCUCAGGCCCGUUUGAAGUACCUGACCCAAUUCAUUAAGAAGCCAGCUGAUUCCUCCACCUCUGCAACCAGCCCUGACACUUUGUCUGUGACUCAGAGCCAAACUAAGUCCUCAGAGGAAGGAGAACUAGGUACUGUGAAAGAUGCAGACAUCAAAGAACUGCCACCAGCCCCAACAGGAAGUAUACUGUGGAAGAAGUGGCAACUGACCAAGACCCUCAGCUCUCUGUCGAAAUCCACAAGUAGUGAAAGUGCAGUGAAGGAAGAGCUGCCAAAGAAGGAGUUUGUGGUCCGACCACGAUCUCUGACAAUUUUGGAAACAUCUCCACAACAAAUCCGUAAAGCACUAGAAUUUCUGGAUUUCAGUCAUUAUGUGAGGAAAACAGCCGACGAGGCUGUACUGCAGACGGAUGAGCUGAACAAGCAGCAGGCAAUGCAGAAGGCGGAAGAGAUCCACCAGUUCCGGCAGUAUCGCUCCCGCAUCCUCAGCAUCAGGGAUAUUGAUCAGGAAGAACGCUUUAAGCUAAAGGAUGAGGUUCUGGAGAUGUACGGGGAGAUGCGGGACUCUGUAGAUGAAGCCCGGCAGAAGAUUCUUGAUAUCCGGGAAGAAUACAGAAGCAAGCUGCUGGAGGUUGAGCGCCUGAGGAUGGAAGCAUUGGCAGCCCAGGAAGCUGCAGUGAAGGUGGAGCUAGAGAAGAAGUCUCCAGCUUCUGACCCACAGAAGAAGAAGAAAGGAGGAAAGAAAAAGUAA